AGCAACCUCUUUCCCUCCCCCCCCUUCAACCCACCGAGCCCUCUUCGGGCGCCUGCGCAGUCUCAGCCUCCCAUCUUUCUCCCAAGCAGAGCCAGAGCUUCAGCAGCAGUAGCAGCAGCAGCUGAUGAUGAAGAGAGAGGGGGAGACUGGGGGACCUUUUAUUUAUAUUGUUAAAGGGACAGAGCACUAAUUCCAUCUUGAAUUGGUGUGUGUGGAGGGGGAGGGGGUUGGUGUGAGGAGCCUGAGUUUCUCCCCCCCAGCCCAGCCCAGCUAGAGGAUCCCAGGGAGACACAGGGAGAGAAGGAGAGUUUCUUCCCCCCCUUGGCCGUCAGAGGAGAGAGAAAGAGACCAAAAGCCUCUUAGCAACACAGCCCCUUCUCUCUCUGCUAAUGCUGCUUGGCCCUGGCUGGAGACACCUCACCACACACACACACACACAGGAGCAGCAGCCAGUUCACCAGCUCCCCCACCCCCUGCUCUCCCCUCCUCCCCCUUUAUUACCCUUUGUGUGUGUCUCUUUCUCCACUGCUCCAGGGAAGGGAAUAAAAGUGGGGUGCAGCCAAGAUCGUGCUGGAGAAUGUUGGUUUUUGGAUACAUAAGUGUUGAAGAACAUAGUGUUUACAGACAAAAUCCUUAAAAUCUGGUUUUUUAGACAUCAAAGUAUGCUGCAAUUUCUGCUCCUGAAUUCUAAGGCUGUAUGAUGGAAAUGUAUUCAAAAAAAUCAAUGUAAUCCAGUUUAGAAUACAGUGAAGGAUGAAGUAGCCAGUAUCAGGUUUCUGGGGACAUAAUUCUGAUGGGAGAACUUCUGCCUUGGUCUAGCUGUGAAGAGAAGAUUUUUAUUCUGUCUGAAGACACAUCUAAGAACCAUGAGAAGCAGAUGCAAGGAGAAAUACUUUAUUGGUGUCUCUUUAGCGCAGAAGUUGACACCUACACAAAGGACAUCUUUGCCAAAUUUGAUAAGAAUGGAAGAAGAGGUAUCAUCUCAGUAAAAAAGACAAGGAAAUAUAGAGGCUUCUUGGAGCAUUAUAACACUAAUUCUCUGCAAGGGUUCAGUGAACUUCCCAAGGUUGGUGGAUUUUUCCACCAGUUUACCUAAUCUUAGAUGUAACUUGGGGUGCAAAGAGUUCCACAGAUGAGGGGUAUAAUAAGAAAAGGACCUAGCCCCAGUGACCUUGGUCCAUAGCCAAACUACAGACAGGAGAGUCUCGGAAGCAAAGUUGAAUGUGCACCCAGAAAUUUAAGAAACCAAAAGGUCCCUAAGGUAACUAGAAGCAAGGCCAUGAAGAGCAUUAUAAAAUGAACAGGAUGAACAUACCCACCUUAUGUCUAAUCCUUAGCAAGGAAAAAGGUUGUUUCAUUGGAAUUGUGAAGUCAUGAAAGAAUCACAGGAAGAUACCCUCAGCACCUUGGAUAAUGAGUGGAAGAUAAAGAGAAAGCAAAAAGAAUGUGGCAUAUAAAGGGUGUAAUACCUGGAGGUAUUAACUCUGACUCAUAUCUGUAAAAAUGAGACUAGCUCUCACAAAAUACAAGUUAUCUUAGACAGUCAUCAAGCUUGGAGUCAUGCUGUCAAACUAAGAAAUUCACCCCCCCCUCCCCUUUCUGACAGGUAAUAGAGCAUUGGUGAAUUAUGAUUUUCCUAAAUUGGAAGCAUUCAUUUUUACCCAUGUAGUUCAUCCUUAUGAAUACAUAAUAAACAUUGCAUAUUUAAUGUGCAUUAUAAUGGGAAACUGACUCAUUAGCAAAAAAAAUGGCAAAUUUUAAGGCCUUGGUUCCAAAUUGAGCUGGAGCCUCCCAAUGCACUUUGUACAAUCUGGGAAAAGAUGUAUUGAAUGGCCUUCUUUUGACGGCCAUAAUGACAUGUAAUAUAAGGAUAUCAUCUUACUGUUGAUAUCUUUGAAGAGUCAUAAGCAGAAACAGAAAAAUGAAUGGCGGAAAGGAGUGUGACGGAGGGGACAAAGAUGGAGGUCCGCCAGCAGUACAAGUUCCAGUUGGCUGGCAACGUCGAGUGGAUCAAAAUGGAGUGCUCUAUAUCAGUCCCAGUGGGUCUUUGUUAUCCUGCUUGGAGCAGGUUAAGACAUACCUGUUGACUGAUGGAACCUGCAAAUGUGGCUUGGAAUGUCCUCUCAUUCUUCCCAAGGUAUUUAAUUUUGAUCCUGGAGCUGCUGUGAAACAGAGAACUGCUGAAGAUGUUAAAGCAGAUGAAGAUGUCACUAAGCUAUGCAUCCAUAAACGGAAAAUUAUUGCUGUGGCUACACUUCAUAAAAGCAUGGAAGCUCCACAUCCUUCACUGGUUCUUACUAGUCCUGGGGGUGGAACAAGUGCAACUCCAGUAGUACCUUCUCGAGCAGCAACUCCAAGAUCAAUGAGGAAUAAGUCACAUGAAGGAAUUACAAAUUCUGUGAUCCCAGAAUGUAAAACUCCUUUCAAGUUAAUGAUAGGGACAUCCAAUGCCAUGGGUAGGCUUUAUGUACAAGAAGUGACUGGAAGCCAGCAACAAGAUCUUCAUUCUGUCUAUCCUAGGCAGAGAUUGGGCAGUAAUGAUCAUGGACAGAAGUCUCCAUAUCGUGGCAGUCAUGGUGGAAUGCCUAGUCCAGCUUCAUCAGGAUCACAGAUAUAUGGAGAUGGUUCAAUCUCUCCUAGGACUGAUCCACUUGGAAGCCCUGAUGUUUUCACAAGGAACAAUUCCAAUUUUCAUGGAGCACCCAACUCUAGUCCUGUUCACAUGAACAGGACUCCUUUAUCUCCACCUUCAGUAAUGCUACAUGGUUCUCCAGUUCAGUCAUCCUGUGCAAUGGCUGGAAGGACUAAUAUACCUCUUUCCCCAACCUUGACCACAAAAAGCCCAGUAAUGAAAAAACCCAUGUGUAAUUUUUCAGCUAGUAUGGAACUACCACGAGCAAUGUUUCACCAUAAACCACCCCAAGGCCCACCUCCACCUCCUCCACCUUCUUGUGCUCUUCAGAAAAAGCCAUUAACAUCAGAGAAGGAUCCACUUGGCAUUCUUGACCCUAUUCCUAGCAAGCCAGUUAAUCAGAAUCCUGUUAUCAUUAACCCAACUACUUUCCAUUCUAAUGUCCAUUCUCAGGUACCUGUAAUGAAUGUAAGCAUGCCUCCUGCUGUUGUCCCUUUGCCAAGCAAUCUCCCUUUGCCAACUGUAAAACCUGGUCAUAUGAACCAUGGAAGUCAUGUACAAAGAGUUCAGCAUUCAGCUUCAACCUCCCUCUCUCCUUCACCAGUGACAUCCCCAGUUCAUAUGAUGGCAUCUGGGAUUGGAAGGAUUGAGGCGUCUCCCCAAAGAUCACGUUCAUCUUCCACAUCAUCAGAUCAUGGAAAUUUCAUGCUGCCUCCAGUAGGACCACAGUCAUCUUGUAGUGGUAUUAAAGUUCCUCCCAGGUCACCAAGAUCAACAAUAGGGUCUCCAAGACCAUCUAUGCCAUCAAGCCCUUCCACCAAGCCUGAUGGACUUCAUCAGUACAAGGACAUCCCUAACCCAAUAAUUGCUGGAAUGAGUAAUGUACUAAAUCCUCCAAGCAAUGCAGUUUUUCCUACUGCAUCUGCUGGAAGUGUUCCCCUGAAGAGUCAGCCUGGUUUGCUGGGAAUGCCUUUAAAUCAGAUCUUGAAUCAGCACAAUGCUGCCUCUUUUCCAGCAAGUAGUUUACUCUCAGCAGCAGCCAAAGCACAGCUAGCAAAUCAAAAUAAACUUGCUGGUAACAACAAUAGCAGCAGUAGUAAUUCUGGAGCUGUUGCCAGUGGUGGCAACAAUGAAGGACAUAGCACUUUAAACACCAUGUUUCCUCCUGCUGCCAACAUGCUUCUACCAACAAGUGAAGGGCAAAGUGGUCGAGCAGCACUACGAGAUAAAUUGAUGUCUCAGCAAAAAGACCCUUUGAGGAAAAGGAAACAACCAACUACCACAGUAUUGAGUUUGCUUAGGCAGUCUCAUUUGGAUAGUUCUGGAGUUCCUAAACCUGGAUCUGAUUUGAUAAGAAAGCAAAAUCAAGGUUCAUUUCCCAUCAGUUCUAUGUCUCAGUUACUUCAGUCCAUGAGUUGUCAAAGCUCUCAUAUGAGCAGCAAUAGUACCACUGGUUGUGGGAGCUCAAAUACUGUUUUGCCUUGUUCUGCUAACCAGAUGCAUUUUACAGACACCAAUAUGAACUCUGGCACUCUUCAGAAUUCAUUGACACAGAGCUUACCUUUAAGAGGGGAAGGUAUGCACUGCCAGAAUGCAAACACUAACUUUAUCCAUGGUACUAGCCCAGGCCCAAACAAUCACCUUGCAGGCUUAAUAAAUCAGAUGCAGGCUAGUGGGAACUGUGGGGUGCUCAGUCAGUCAGGAAUGGCUUUAGGAAAUUCAUUACAUCUGAACCCACCUCAGUCAAGAAUCCACGCAUCCUCCACUCCACUGAUACCAAACAGCAUUGUUAGCAGCUGUAAUCAAACAAGUCCUGAAGCAGGGGGUUCAGGACCAUCAUCUUCCAUAGCCAUAGCUGGAACCAGCCAACCUGCCAUCACAAAGACCACAUCCGUUCUUCAAGAUGGUGUUAUAGUCACUACUGCAGCUGGAAACCCACUUCCGAGCCAGCUGCCCAUUGGGAGUGAUUUCCCUUUUGUUGGCCACGAACACACACUUCACUUUCCACAGAACUGCGCUUCAAACAACAAUCUUCCGCAUUCUUUGAAUCCAAACCUUCUCAAUUCUCUACCUAUCUCUUUGCCAGUGAAUCAACAACAUCUCUUAAACCAGAAUCUAUUAAAUAUACUACAGCCUUCAGCAGGAGAAGGCAAGUCUGAGGUCAUACUCAACCCUUUAGGUUUACUCAACCCAAGUGUAAAUGCUGCGCUAGCUUUUCUCUCCAGUGACAUGGAUGGGCAGGUAUUACAACCUGCUCAUUUUCAGCUUCUAGCAGCCCUACUUCAGAAUCAAGCCCAAGCAGCUGCCAUGCUUCCCCUACCAUCUUUCAAUUUGACCAUCUCAGAUUUGUUACAACAGCAAAAUAACCCUUUACCCUCAGUAACACAGAUGACAGCCCCACCAGACCAUUUGCCAAGCAAUCAGUCAGACAGCAACAGAGCAGAGACCCUUUUAACCAACCCCCUGGGGAACCCUAUACCAAGCUUUACAGGCACUGACACUACUUCUAACCCCUUGCUCCUCCCAGCUGUCACUGGGGCCUCGGGAUUAAUGGCCUUAAAUCCCCAGCUGUUGGGAGGUGUCCUGAACUCCGCAUCGGGCAACACUGCUAAUCAUCCAGAGAUAUCCAUAGCAACCUCCUCCCAGGCAACCACUACCACAACCACUACAUCAUCAGCAGUGACAGCACUGUCUGUCUCAACACUUGGUGGGACAGCAGUGGUGUCAAUGGCAGAAACAUUGCUGAACAUAUCUAAUAAUGCUGGGAAUACAUCUGGUCCAGCUAAACUCAACAAUAACUCUGUGGUGCCACAGCUACUUAACCCUCUACUGGGGACAGGUCUGCUUGGUGACAUGUCGUCAAUAAACACUACUUUGAAUAACCAUCAACUGACUCAUCUCCAGUCACUGUUAAACAACAAUCAGAUGUUUCCUUCAAAUCAGCAGCAACAUCAGCUUCUCCAGGGGUACCAGAAUAUCCAGGGGUUUCAAGGUCAACCGACAAUUCCUGGACCAGCUAACAACUCAAACCCCAUGGCUUGUCUGUUUCAAAAUUUUCAGGUGAGAAUGCAGGAAGAUGCUGCUCUUUUAAACAAAAGAAUGAUCACUCAAAUGGGUAUAACAUCAGUUCCUGAGAGUUCCAACACUACCCUUCCUCCUUUUCAAGAUACAGCUUGUGAUUUGCAGCAAAGGACUGAACCAACUCUAAGACAACAGGCAAAGGAUGGCCUCAGUGUAGCUGCUCAGGGUGAUUCUUCAGUCGAUGCUAUCUACAAAGCAGUCGUAGAUGCUGCAAGCAAAGGAAUGCAAGUAGUAAUCACCACUGCAGUUAGCAGUACAACACAAAUGAGUCCUAUUCCAGCUCUGAGUGCCAUGAGUGCCUUCACAGCCUCAAUUGGUGACCCAUUAAAUCUUUCUAGUGCUGUCAGUGCAGUAAUCCAUGGAAGAAACAUUGGUGUUUCUGAUCACGAUGGUAGGAUAAGAAACACUAGAGGGGCACGAAUACUGAAGAAUUCAGAACACAGUAAAAAUUCAAGUGAAGGGGAUGGAUUUGAAUAUUACAAGUCAGCAGGUUGCAACACACCCAGAAAACAGUGGGAAGAGGAGCAAAACCCUGGAGGAGAGAUAAAUAGGUGGAAGUGUGAGGAGUUUUUAGACCAUUCAACCCAUGUCCACAGCAGUCCUUGCCAUGAAAGGCCCAAUAACGUCUCCACACUGCCAUUGUUACAGGGUGAGCAGCAUCAGAUACUGUUACCACAGAGAAACUGUCAAAGUGAUAAAAUGUUGGAGGAGCAUUUCAGGUAUAACAAUUACAAAAGAACUAUGAUGAGUUUUAAAGAGAGACUGGAGAACACUGUGGAAACAUGUGCACACAUAAAUGGAAAUAGGCUUCAACAAAGUAGAGGGUUUGGAGAGUUGCUGAACACUUCUAAACAAGACCUAGUCAUGGAGGAGCAAUCUCCAAGUUCCUCAAAUAGUUUGGAAAGUUCUCUAGUUAAAGACUAUAUCCAUUAUAAUGGAGACUUUAAUGCCAAAAGCAUUAAUGGGUGCGUGCCUAGCCCUUCAGAUGCUAAAAGCAUCAGCAGUGAAGAUGACCUAAGGAAUCCAGAUUCCCCUUCUUCAAAUGAGUUGAUACAUUACAGGCCGAGGACGUUUAAUGUUGGUGACUUGGUCUGGGGCCAAAUAAAAGGACUAACUUCAUGGCCUGGAAAAUUAAUAAGAGAAGAAGAAGUUCACAAUUCAUGUCAACAAAACACUGAGGAGGGGAAGGUGGAGCCCGAGAAGUUGAAGACACUAACAGAAGGUCUCGAAGCCUACAACCGAGCCAGGAAGAGGAACAGAAAAAGCGGAAAGCUAAAUAACCAUUUAGAAGCUGCUAUACAUGAGGCCAUGAGCGAGCUGGACAAAAUGUCUGGGAAUGUACACCAAAUCCCACAGGGAGACAGACAGGUGAAGCCUCCAAAACCGAAGAGGAGGAAGAUCUCUAGAUAACAUUGAAUGUCUUUGUUACUGGUCCAGUACUUAUCAAAUUGAACAUGCACAUAAAUCAGUAUAUAGGUAUUGAUAUAGAUAUAUCAAUAUUUAUAUCAAGGACAGAUAGAUACCAUCAAAGGGUGCUAUGAGAAAUAGUGGUACAAUAUUUUUGUUGAUAGAGUCAGAUAGUUAUGCUGGAUAAACCAAUCAGAUUCCUUGAAAGCUUACAGUAAAAAUAUCAGAUGAUUACUGAAUUUUUUCUAUAAUACUAAAAUUAUGAUUAUAAAAAUAGUCCAAAUGUUUCUGAUAAAUUUUCAUUGUGUAUAUAGAUAAUACAGAAUUUCAUGGUGAUAUCUGAAAUGUAAAUAUUGUACAAUAUUGUCAUGUACAAGCGUACCUAAUGCACACUUUAUCUUUUAUUGUACAAAAAAAUAGUGUACAAAAUUCUUUGGUUUCUAUUGAGUACACAUACAAGAGACUACCAGUGUAAAGUGAUAAAUAAAAAUACAGCCUAAAUGCUUUUAUAUGAUAAUGUAAAAGAUGCUGUUUUUGUAUUUAACAGCAGAGAAAAGGCAUGAUUAUGUAAUACCUUAAUUAUGACAUACACUUCACACCACUGAGUGUUCAUUUAUAUUGUCUGUUUGGAAUGAACCUUGCCUGGAAGUACUGUACUCCAUUUCAGGUCUCUGUAGGAGAGUGCAACCUUGCAGAUUCCUAAAGGGAUGUGGGAUCACAGGUCUAAUUAAGAAUUCAAAAGCUGCAACAACUGGUUGCAUUUUAUUUACUUAAGUUUUAAAGUAGAAUGCUGUAGAUUUUUUAUUUAAAAAAAAAAAAAAAAAAAAAAAAAACUUAGAUGGAAUAUUUUAGUCAGCCAUUUCUGUAGUUGAAGUUUCAUAGCCACCUUCUAAACUAAGCAAUUUAUACCACCAUUGACUUUGAACUCCCCCCAAACCCUAUAUUUGUUAACCGAGGUUGUUUAACCUGAUUAAACAUACUGUUUACAUAUAUGAGGGAAUGGCCCUAUUUUGAAAAUAUGAGUGUUAAUGUUGAUUACAAUUUGAUUUUGCAAUGGAAUAAAAGGGCAUGCUCCACAGCGUUCCUAAAAAAUCUAGUAUCCCUCUUACAGUAUUAUUAAACUAGAAGUUAAAGGUGGCUUACAAAACUAUUAGCAACAGUAAUUUUAUCAGUAUUAUGUAACAUAUCAGAUUUAUUUUAUUUAAAAAGAAUUAUUUAUACCAUUAACAGAUUCUUAUAUAUAUUAAUGUGGCUGAAAUGUGCAGGUUAAAUCUAUUAACCAAAUUAUUUAUGUUAUAUUAAGUGAAUAAUGUGAAACAUAUGUAGAAAGGAAGUAAUACACUACAGAUAUACAAGCCUAAAGCUGUGAGCCAUUGUAAAAAUAACAGAAAGUUAAUAAGUGUAGCACAUCAUCAUUUUUUUCACGUUGUGGUGAUGGUACACCCUCCUUCCCAAAGUAAAUUCUCAUUGUGCCCUGCCUUGUUCUGAGAUGGAGUCCUUAAAAUGGACCUCUUCAUCUGGGAAUCACCACGUCUUUAACCUGGAAUUCCUUUUUCCCUGGAGUGGCAAAUUCGCGUCCUCUAGUUAAGACUGUUAGUAAUCAGCAUCCUCUGAGGCUGAUGACAUUGCCACUCUACUGAUAACCACCAGUUGGCACUUGUACUGCAAGUAACUAUUCCUCUCCCCAUUGACUUUCCCCAGAACCCAAACUCAAUUAUCUGUGUGACAUGACUGAGAUCCAUUGGCCCAGAGGAUAAAGAGACCUGAGGACAUUUCCAAACUCAGCUUUCUUGUGCCACAGCACAUAGCACUACCACUGGGCUAACCUACUUUUUCAUGUCUCAUACAGACAGCUCUUAUUUCUUUUUCCCCCCACCCCAACCUGAUGGAAUGCAAUUAGCUACACUAAGCUACAGUGGCCUGGAGGCAGGAACCCUUCCUUCUACUGGGUAGGUUCAUUUGUCUUUUGUGUAAUGGCAGGACAGACUGCCAUGGUCCUACAUGCAAACUCAUGUGAAGUGAUCUUUUGUGUAGUUUAGUUAACACUUUUUUGUUACAAGUUGAUGUGUUUGUUAUGUUUAAAGAGUUAAUGUUGUCCAUUUUUCGUAUCAGCCUGCUUUUCUGCUGUUUUGUCUACACAAUGUUUUUAUUCAUAAAUACACGUGUGUGUGUGUGUGUGUGUGUGUGUGUGUGUGUGCGCGCGUUUGUUUAUAUUUAGUUUGGUUAUUUUACCUUUUGCUUUUCUGUCCUAACACUGAGUUUGUAUUGACCAACCCUUCUUUUGGCAUUUUAACUAAUUAGGUUUGUACUUUCUCACCAAUGUAUACUUUACAUUAGUAGACUAUGUAAAGUAUUUUUGUGCACUUGAUUUCAUUGGUUAAUAAUGGCAUUGAUGUGGGUGCUAGGAGUAGUUUGUUUCAGUCCAUACAGAUUUUUUUCUCUUUUAGAGUUUUUAUGGUUUCAUGUAAGCAGUUAAUGUAAAUAUUGUGAGCAUUACAGGUCAUGCAGUGUUGUAACAUUUUAAAAAAUGUUGCACCUACUUUACAAUUAAAAAACUGGUCACUCAUACUUGAAUUUUGCCCAUAGAGCCAUUUCUUUCUCUUUGCAUUAAAGCAUAAUAUACUUUUUUGAUGGAGGCCCAGACCUUCUUUCUACAUCAUUAUUUUUUGUUUAAAAAAAUCUAUAUUUUUUCUAAUAGAAGACUUAAAAUGAAAAAUUUUUAAAAUACUUUUUGCCUAGUUUCUAAUUUAAGAGAGUACUCCUAUAUUUAGAGGGUGACAAAAUACUCCAUUGUGGAAAGUGGAAUAAUAUUUUAAUUGUCAUUAAUUUGGCACAGUCACGUUAUUCUGUGAACUUUAAGUGACUGAUGAAAGUGAGUCCACAAGAGGAAUUAGUUUUUAAUUACUGGUAGCUUAAUUAUUUAAAAUUUGUAUUGUCUUUUGAGGAUACAAAGUAUUCUCAUUAUUUAUUUAUUUAUUUAUUAUUUAUUAUGCCUUAUUUAUCAAAUGGGUUGUAGAAUGUUGAGUCAUUCCAAAUGAGAUAAAAAUCAAAGGUAUUAUUCCUCUUUCUAUCAUGGUGCAUUUUUAAACACCAUUUAAGAAAAAAUAUUUUCAUUCAUUUCAAUGGACUUCCUUCGUAUUCCUGCUUCCGACAAAAAAGUUAUUGCUGGAAUCAGCUAUGAAAAUAGCUUCCCCAUAGGCCAACAAACACAUACAUUUGGGAUGUCCCAGGUCGGUUAUAUUCAGUCUAAGAUUUAAAGUGCUGCUCUUUUUUAAAAAAAAAAUUUGAAUGUUAAGUUAUUUACUAAGUCAGUUUUACAGAAGGUUUAGAAGUAAUGCGCUAUCAUCUGAGUCCCGGAGUUUGAGGAAAUAGAGGGCUCAUGAUGGACUGAAUUACCUUAGAAAUACUACCUUUCUUAGUUACAGUUUGUAUUUUGCUAUGUAGGGUUGUAAUGUGAGAAUUCCAGCAGAGCACUAGCAUAAAAAUGCUUUUCUAUUUUAAAAAAAAAAUCAAUUCUAGUCUUACUAAGAAUUAGAAAAAAAUUUAAUAUCAGUUUUGUAAUUUUUGAUAAAGUUGUCAAUAUGAUUAAAUCACCAAAAAAAAUUACUGUGAUGUUCUCUUCGGGGCAGGGACCAUGUCUUCCUUUAUGUUUAUAAAAUUCCUAGCACAGUGGGACCCUGAUCUUGAAUGGGGUCACUGGCUGCUACCAUAGUAUUAAAUAUUAGAUAAUAAUGUUACAGUUAAGUAAAAUACACAAAACCAAGAUAAUUCACAAAUGAGAGUGAAAAUCAGAUUCCUUAUCCUUAGUUUAUCUGUUGUACCCAACUAUUACCACAAAGAUGUAAUAUCAUCCAGGUAAGUUUAGAAAAUAGGUGCCUGAUCAGCUGUUGAUUCUUUUACCCACAAAAACCAGGAUAUUCUGUCUUAAGUCAAAACAUAACUGCAGCUUUAACAGAGUUUUUGGUUAUUUCCCUUUGCUGUGUUUUUAACAGUACUAACUGAAAUCUUUAAUUCACAUUUCAAAAUUCCCUCAGUAAGUAUCUUUAACCAAUAGGCAUUAGCAUCUGAUGAUGUGUACUGGUAAAAUAUAAAACAUAUAUAAUAGACACACUGUCAGAUUCAGUGCAAACACAGUUCAACUCAAUGGUGUUAUUUACACAAUGUGUCAAAAACAGUAUGAGGAGUUCUCCACAAAGAUCUCGUAAUGGAAUUGGUCACUGAUCAUCCAGGGUUUACCUACACAUAUCACACAAGCCAUGGUGGCCCCUCUGCCAAUCCUAUCAAAUUUCUAGCUCUCUGUGGGAAACAGCUUCCUCAACUGCUAGAUCUGGGCACCCCACCCCUCCCAGUCCCUGCCAGCAUAGUUCCUAUGGAACUGUACUACCAAUGUUUCCCCUGGCCUUAGGGGCAAGGUUUGUCUGUGGAAAAGAUAAUGGAGCUCUGGCUAAAAAAAAUGUUUAUGACAGCUCUCAGCUAUAGAGACUAGCUCCUUUGUUACUUACCUGGUAUAUAUCCAUCAGUCCUGUAUUGUAAAUUUGGGUUUAUUCAAAGGAGAUUAUGAGAACUUUGCCCCUAAAGGACAUCACCCUAAUAAACCUUGGCCAGUUAGAAGUGCAACAGGAGUUCUGCCUUUGUGGUUUAAAGGCAAAGAGCCUGAUUCUCAAUGACCUGCACUUUGGGCAGUCAUUUACACUAGUGUGCAAGGUAGUGUAAACCACUACCCAGUCAGAAUGGGAGGACAUUGUCCUUGCAUUCCACUAGUGUAAUUGAGUAUACAAGAGGCAAGGCAAUGGAGAAUCAGGCCCAGAUUCUUUGCUUCUCUCUCUCUCUUCACCAGGCUUUACUUUAUUAGUUCAUUUUGAGCAAUGAGAACAACAACAAAAAAUGGAAAUGUUUGUGGUUUGUUUUUGUUUUUUUUCCCCCUGAGAGCACAGCCUUGAGAGGUUUUUCUCCUUUCAGGUCUAAUUGCUGUGAACUCAGUGCUUGCCUACACAUUGAAGUUAUUCUGGAUAACGUAGGAAGUGAAUUUAAAGUGGAAUAAUUAUUCUGGAAUAAUUCCAGGUAUGGACAUUCGUAUUUGGAGAGGGCCUUUUUCCAUUUUAGCUUAAUCCACUUUGAAAAAGGCACUAUUAUUCCACACAUGGAGUUAUUAGAAUAUCUAUUCCAGAAUAACUCCGUGUGUAGGCAAACCUUAGAAAGACGGGCUAAUGGCCAUUCAUCAGAAUAGAUCAUCAGUAGAUAAAGAAGAGCGCGCGCGCACACACACACACAUUUUGUAUUAGCUGAUACUUUACAACCUACCAGUAGAAAUCCAUACCAAAGGAUGUUGGAACUGAAUUCAGAGUCUGGGUCCAGAUUUGAAUAGCACUUAUAAGACUUGUAGUAACAAAUACAAAGGUCUCCAUUCCAACCAUUUAUAUAGGUCAAGACCUGUCAAUGAGAGACAGGGUUAUUGGAUGAUGAAAAAUUUGCAGGUAAGUCCUAGUGGUGUAGAUUAUUUCAGUGAGGAGAUAAAAUUACAAUUAUGUAUUUAUUUAUAAACUGUUUUAUCUAGAACCAGUGGUGUCCAUAGUACUGUGCAGACAGGUAAGAAUUCCAUGUUCCUGUCCUGAGGAAAGUGUUGGGUCAACAAAAUUAGAAAUGGCAACAGAACUGGCAGCAGAACUUGGUGGUGCGACAGCAGAGAGAACACAAAAACAUGGAAGAAAGGAAAGCUACUUUUGGCAAAACAUAAUAUGAUGAUAACCUAUGAGUCAGUGGGUUUCUGUUUCACAUUUACCUGAGGAUCUGGGAGGUAGUUUUAAUCUGCCUGAGAAAGGGAAGCUCACUGCACCAAAGCUGAGAUGAGUGAUAGAAAGCUGGUCAAAAGAAAGAUUUGUGAUGAUCCUGUGCAAGGAACUGGGUUUAGAGAGGGCAUAUUAGGUUACCCCUGCCAAUUCUAGAAGUUUGCAUGCAUGCAGUAUCUAUCAAGCUCUAAACCAAUUUGUAUUUCUAAAGCAGAAGCAUUAAUUAAUUCCUGUUGGUAUAAGGAAAAGAAUUUAUGGGUCUUCUAGUAGUAUCCAUGUGGGUGCUCCAUUGUAGGUGUAAAUGCGCCUCUAAUCAGAGAUUUUAGGUAGCAGAGUCUGUUUGGCCCGCACAUGUGCCUUCCCUCCCUUAUGGACUGCCCUGAGACUAUCUAUUGCUGCGAAGGCAAACCACCCUCAUUUCCUUCCCAACCACCCUUGGCUUGGGAACAUAGAGAGUAGCAGUCCAGCUUGCUUACCUCUUUUCAUAUUGAUAGUGUUUAGUUUAUAGUUUUAAGUUUAUAGUUUUUCUUAGAAUUUUCAUUGCUUUUGUAGUGCCUAUAGAGCUUCUGGGUUUUUUUUUCAAUUCUUUAAAAUAAAAAAAAAUCUUUCGACUCGUUUUCCCACUUUUUGUUGUGAGAUCUUCCCUGUAGGGGCAUGCCCAGCUCCCUCGGCUUCAAAAGGUGCUUUUUGUGCUGGGAGGCAAUCCCUGUGAUGGAAGUACACUCGUAUUGCAUCUGAUGCCUAGGAGAGGCACAUAUUUCACAGAAGUGCACCUUCUGCCAACAGCUGAAGGCUAGAUCCUGAAAGAACCAGAAACAAGAAUUGAAACUAUUCCUCAUGGAGAGUGCUCUUAAACCAGCAUCUAACCCCAGUUCCAAAUCCUCUCCAGGACCAAGAUUGUCCUCAGAGCCUUCAACUUCUAGAGAGGGAGAAUUGCAGAGAAAAUUGGCUGAUUCCCCUCUCAAAACUUCUAGAAAAAGGGCUGCAAGCCCUGAAACCGAGCUCUUGAUCAGCCAGAGGGGAUCCCCUGUGCAUUUGGUCACCUCAGAACCAGUGGCACCAAUGGCUCUAAAGCACACCACCCAGAGCUCUGCAGUAAUAACCUAAGACCCCAUAGGGCACAGGCUCAGGAGUGAUGGCACCACCUGCCAAAGAUAAGAAUAGAAACCAUACCAUCGCUAUGAAAUUGGCACUGACAAAAAGAUCCUCAGCACCGGGUGCUUCAAAGCAGCCCCCAAUGGAAUGUAUCUUCCGUAAAAAACCCUCAAUACCGACGGUCCCUGGCGGCAACUACCGCAACAUCGGUACCACAGGCGUUCCACUUCUCUGGGGAUCCUACAGUUGUGGAGGAACCAGAUUUCCCAGUACUUGGUACUGGGGCUCCAGUACCAAGCACGUCUCAAUCCCCAAAACCACCAUCAGCACCGGGACAUUUGCCUCCAGCACCCCUAUCAACCCACCUUACACCAGGGGGACUCAGAUAAUGACCAACAUGACAACUUACCGCUGGUCUCACAUCACAACACUCCGUUAAAGCAUCUGGGAUGCUCCAAUCCCCAAUCUUCCUGGUAUGGUCACCCUUGGCGUCUGGGAUCUGUGGGUAGGCUAUCUAGUAUCUCCCUCAGAGAGCCCACCAGAUGACCCCCGUAGCCUUUUUAUCCAGAGCCCCAGGAAGAAACUUUCUAGGAGUAGGAGGCCAAUUGUAGGUGGAAACUACUCCACCGACGAACACCUUCUCUUCCUCACUUGAUAAGGUGGUGAUGCCCCCUCCUCCAUCGUUAACUGAUGAUUUCAUGAUCUUACUAAGAGGGCGUCUGAGGCUCUGCAUAUUCUCCUUGACGAAGUGAAAGACUAACACCACAAAUUGUUGGACAUAGUACAUACCUCUUCCUCUUUGAGAAUUGGCACUCGCACUCAACAAGGCACUAUUCGACCCUGCCAAAAUCAUCUGGCAGACACCUAUUGCACCAGCAUACAAGAUGGCAAAUAACGAGUAUUAUGUGCUCCACAAGGAGGCAGAUUUUCUUUUCACGCGCCCUCAGCCCAACUCUCUCAUGGAAGCUGUUAACACGUGAGGAAAGCAACAUCACACCAAAUCCACCCCCCUAUGAUAGAGACUGGAAGUGGCUCAACCUGUUUGGGAGGAAAGCAUAUUCAUUGGCGAUUUUAAAAUUCAGGGUUUCAAACCAACAAGCUCUAAUUGUCAAAUAUGACUACGUGAACUAUGGAAAACUCAGCGCCUUUAUUAACCACUUGCGAGAAGCACAAAAGGAACAAUUUCAAGCCAUGAUCCAACAGGGCCACUUGGUAGCGAGAACAGUGCUACAGACUGCACUGGGUGUGACUUUCACAGUGGCCCAUUCAGUCUCAAUGGCAGUGGUAAUGAGACGGGCAUCCUGGUUACACUUCUCAGGGUUGCCGAAAUAAGUGCAGAUGAUGGCUGAGGACCUCCCAUUCAACAGACCCAAACACUUCGCUGACAAAACAGGUGCAUCACUCCACACCUUAAAGGACUCUGUAGCCACACUGUGUUCACUAGCAAUCUAUACACUGGGACAGAAGAGGAAAAUCAGUUCACAACCACCUCACAGAUUCUGUCCACCUCAGUUCCCCCCCAUCACAAUGGUAUUAUGAGCCACAGCAAAAGAGACCUAGAAUGCGAAGUAGAGUUGUCAGCUUCCCAAUCCUCAUUCUCUCAACCCUCGUCCUCCAAACGCCAGUUUUGAUGCGUUGAUCAAGGCCCCAAGUGCUCCUUGCAACAACAACAGCUACUACAUAGACCUUCCACAUCCCUUUGGAAGUCACCUGACUCUCUUCCUCAGGAGUUGGGAGAACAUCACCUCUGACAAAUGGUUCUUGGAGAUUAUUUCAAAGGGUUAUUCCAUCCAUUUCACAUCCCUCCCUCACCCACUCUCCCCAUCCCUCUUCAGGGACCCUUCUCACAAGAGACUAUUACACCAGGAAAUAGAUCACCUGUUAUGCCCAGUCCCUACUAACCUUAGAGGCAAAGUUUUUUAUUCCCGAUACUUCCUGAUCCCCAAGAGAAAGGGAGUUUGGAGAUCCAUAUUAGAUCUAAGAGCACUAAAUAGAUAUGUGAAGGCACAAAAGUUCAAGAUGGUCACGCUAGCAGCCAUUAUUCCAUGACUGGACCAAAGAGAUUGGUUCUCGGCCCUUGACUUAUAAAAUAUCUACUUCCACAUCUCAAUCCAGCUGUCUAACAGAAAUUCCUCCAAUUUAUCUUUCAGCAGGACCAUUAUCAGUACAGAGUGCACCCAUUCAGCCUCCCAUCCAUACCCAGGGUGUUCUCCAAGGUCCUCUCCAUCAUAUGAACAUUAGGUAUUGUCAUCUAGCCAUACCUGGACGAUUGCCUUCUUGAGGCUCGUUCCUUCGAAGAUGCCCUGUGGCCACCAGAGGGCUAUGUAUAUAUUUGCGCAACUAGGGCUCCAGCUCAAUAUCCAGAAAUCUACCUUGACCCCAGUACAACAUCUAGAGUUUUUUGGGGACGAACUCGACGGAGUACAAGAGAGAAUGUUCCUCCCGCUGCACAGAUUCAGCGCCCUGAUGAGUCUUAUAGAGACCGUCCAGGCCAGCCCACAAACUCCAGCCAGGAAUUGCCUCCAACUUCUCGGGCACAUGGCGGGAUGCACAUUUGUGACUCCACAGUCCCAAUUGUACAUGAGAUGUUUUACAAAUAUGGCUCAGAUCUGUUUACUCUCCGAACAAGGACAGGCUAACCAAGCCGCUGUUGAUGCCCUCCAGGGUCAAACACUCCCUGGUCUGGUGGAAAGAACCAGCCAACAUGCAUGCAGACAUUCCAUUCAUACAACCCCCGUCAACACAGAUUCUAACAGCAGAUGCCUCUUUGAUAGGCUGGGUCGCCAACCUAAAUGACAGCAAAGUGGCAAGUGGUCUCCCAUAAAGUUGUUCUCGAUAUCAAUCUUUUGGAACUGGGAGCUGUCAGAAAUGCCUGUGCACACUUUCUCCAACUAAUCAGGGAUAUUCACAUGAAAGUCAUGACAGACGACAACAUGUGCAUGUUUUACAUAAAUCACCAAGGGGGCACUAGAUCACCUUCCAUUUGCAUGGAAGCACUGACACUUUGGAAUCUGCCACAAUGUGCUCAUUUCAGCCACUUGCCUACCAGGGGUACAAAAUGUGACAGCUGACAGUUUCAGAUGGAAUUUCUCAUACAAUCAUGAAUGGGUAAUGAACCCAGCAGCGCAUCAUGGUAUAUGGGGAACCCCGACAAUAGAUCUGUUUGCUACUUAUUGGAACAAGAAAUGUCUCCAUUACUGCUCCAGGAUCAGACUAGGAAAACAGUCUCUAAGGGACGCUCAUCUUUCCAUGGGGCAGGGAACUGCUAUAUGUCUUUCCUCCAUUCCUUCUGAUAUCGAGAGUCCUAUUAAAGUUACAGUGAGAGAGAGAGAGUGAAAGUCAUACUGAUUGCCCCCUCCUAGCCGAGGCAAGUGUGGUACCUAUACCUUGCACAGCUGGCAGUAGGUCCUCCGAUUCCUCUUUGGCCAUUCCCCACUUACUCUCCCAAAAUGAUGGAUGGAUCCUUCAUCGUAAUUUACAGCUCCUCUGGCUCCAGGCUUGGCUCCUUCAUGGUUCCAAUAAU